AUGCUGAUGAGGCUGGGAGGCGCGGCACUGGUGGUGCGCCAGGGCGGCCUGCGCUGCACGCUGCUGCACAACCUGCUUGGCAGCGGCCAGUGGGAGGUGCUAGUAAUGAAUGUCCUGAUCGGCAUGGGCCCCGGCGGCGCCCCCGUCAGCCUCAGCCUGCUGCAGCAGGACCCGCCAGACAUGGCGGCGGGCGGCGCAGCAGUAGGUGGCAACGGCAGCGCAGCAGCAGCAGCAGAGGCAUUCUCAGGGAGUGUAGGUGGCUCCCCCAAGGGCAAGGCCCUGCUGGCCGACUGGGCCAGUGCGGUGCAGAAGUUCUGGCAGCUGGUGCCGCCCAGCGAAGCCAUCUCGCCGCAGGCCAACAAGGCCGCCGACGAGGCGGCGGCCGCCGGCGCGGUGGGCUGCGUGGCGGUGGCCGCCACCGCCUGA